CAUGCUGGCUUCACUGGAUCGAACUGCGAUAUCAAAAUAAAGAAUUGCACCGAAGAUUCCUGUUACCCUAAUGUGACUUGCUUCAAAAACAGCGAGAUUAUAAGCUGUGGUCCAUGUCCUUUUGGGCUCACUGGCGAUGGAAAGAAUUGCAAAGACAUCAAUUACUGCGUCAGUCAUGAGUGUAGAAACAAUGGAUCGUGUGUAGAUGGCAUCAGCAAUUACUCGUGUAACUGCCUGGACGGGUUUGCUGGAGAUCAUUGUGAGACUGACAUAGAUGACUGCGUUAAUCACACUUGCGCUAAUGGUGGAUCAUGUAUAGAUGGUGUCAAUAACUACACGUGCAGUUGUGUGGCAGGAUUUACUGGAGAUCAAUGUGGUUCUGACAUCGACGACUGCGUGAAUCAUACUUGCAAUGUCAGUGGUGGUUCGUGCUUGGACGGUGUUAACAACUACUCGUGUAACUGCCUGGAUGGAUUCACUGGAAGCCACUGUGAUACAAAUUUUGAUGACUGUGUCAAUCAUACAUGUGCUCAUGGUGCGACGUGUGUAGAUGGUACCAACAACUACUCGUGUAAUUGCCUCGCUGGGUAUACCGGUGAACGAUGCGAAACUGCCUUGAGUUCUCAAUCGACCAACAUCUCUGUAGGUACAUCAUCCUUGAGUUCUAAAUCAACCAAAAGUAGCGUAUUUCCCACGCAUCUGUUGACCAGUUCGACCACAAAAUCUAGUGCUUUACACCAAACACGAGCCACAUCCGCAGUCAAAGACUCCGUUAUGUCGUCUUCAGUGGUUGGAUAUAUUCCUACAAGCGAAGCCCGCGAAAGAACGACAACAUCGAAGCCAACAACGGAAGACUAUGAAACUGUGGUUGCGGUUGAAAUACGUAUUGAAAGGACAUGGAAUGACGAACUAAAGGAUAAAACAACUCCAACCUAUAGAGAUCUAGCCUCCCUCAUUGAAAAUGAGGUACAAAAACAGUAUUCUGGGCUCAAAAACUUUAUUGGAGUACAAAUUGUAGCAUUCAGGCCCGGAAGUGUUGUGGCAGAAUUCAAGCUACUAUUCAAGCAAAAAGUUGCAGAUGACACAGCAGUUGCUCCGUUAAAAAAGGCCGUGGAAAAUGGCAAUCUUGGUCCUUUGACUGUCAACCCGGAGUCGUUAAAAAUAGUGAACGAAUUCGAAGACGAAGAUCCAACGAACGAUGUAAAAGAAAAACUUCCUUACCCACUCAUCAUUGGUGCUUCUUGUGGUGGCAUAUUUGUCAUCGUGCUCGUUAGCAUUUGCCUCGUCCGCCACUGCCACCGUCAAGGGAGACUUGACAACCGGCGCAUUUCGAACGGGAUGCCUCCUGAGGUUCCUCAACUAAGCCCACAUAGUUACGAGCUAAAAGAAGUGCGUUCUAAGGAGGACAUUGUCAGCUACGAGGAAUUAGGUGUCUGGAAAGACACUGGCAUGUACGAGAAGUUGCACUUUUCCAAUGGAGAAACUCGUUACCAAGAAUUAAGCACCCAUGAUAUGGCUGCUGAUUACCAGGAAAUCGGUAAACCGAAUGAUAGUGAGCGCUAUCAGGAGAUUGGUACUUUCAAAAUAAUUGGGAUAAAUUGA